AGAGUGUUUCAGAGUCAGUCAGAGUGUUUCAGAGUCUGUCAGAGUGAUGAUGAAGAUGAUGAUGAAGGUGAUGAAGAUGUCGGAGCUGCUCCUCAUCAUCUCCUGUGUCCUCUGUGUCUCCUUCUGUGAAGACGAUCUAUAUGAGAAUGUUUUUAUCAGCGGCUGUUCAGACUCUGAUGGAGAGAUGAUGUACGGAGUAGAAGGUGAAGAGAUUUGGUACGCAGACUUCAGGAACCAGAGAGGAGUUGAUGCUCUGCCAGACUUUGCAGAUCUUUCAGAGUUUCCAGGAUUUUAUGAACAAGCUGUGGCUGAGUUCCAACUCUGCAAACAGAACCUGGAAGUAGUUAGAGAUGAUAUGAAGAACAUCCCACUGGAAUCUGAUCCUCCUUCCAGUCCCAUCAUCUACAUCAGAGACAACAUGGAGCUCGGAGUCAACAACACACUGAUCUGUCAUGUGACCGGUUUCUAUCCUGCUCCUGUUAAAGUCUCCUGGACCAAGAACGGAAAGAACGUGACUGAAGGAACCAGCAUCAAUGUUCCUUACCCCAACAAAGACGGUUCCUACAGACAGUCCUCCAGACUGGAGUUCAUCCCACAGCAGGGAGACAUGUACAGCUGUUCAGUGUCUCACCCAUCACUGAGCCAACCACUGACCAGGAUCUGGGAUGUGGAGGUGCAGCAGCCAGGUGUUGGACCUGCAGUGUUUUGUGGACUGGGUGUGACUGUCGGUCUGCUCGGUGUGGCAGCUGGAACCUUCUUCCUCAUCAAAGGAAACAAGUGCAACUGA